AUAGGAAGGACUAAGUGUCUGUCUAUGAAUCUGAAAGGGGAAAUUAUAAGACUCUGGACACAGUAGCGAACGAAAGACCAAGAAAAAGAAAGAAAGAAUGAAGAAGAAAAUUAGAAGAACAACAACCAGAACCCGAAAACAACAGAGGACAAUGUUUGAAAAGGAAAUAAAGCACCAAGGACUGUCACAUUAGCCAAACCAAGCAAGCAACCAUGGAUGACUGUUCACCCACCCAAUCCUUCCCUAACCUCCACCACCAUCGCCACCGCCCAUCCCUUCACCUCACUUUGCCCAACCUUCAGAGCCCAGAAGCCGGGUAUCAACCUGCGCUGGACCCCCUGGAGCAGUAUGGAAGCAGAGGGGAACAAUCUGCAGCGUCUUUCCCGAAUUCAAGCAACUCCUCUGGGGGGAGAAAGGGGAGCAGUAGCGGAGAUAGAGGAUUCCAAAACACAAGUGGUAGUGGUAUGGGUGGAGAUGAUGGCUUGAGAGGCCAUCGGGACAGAGAUGGCGGGCAGGGCAGUCAUUUCCCCGACGCCUGGUGUGGUGGUAUCAAGAAAGAAGAAGUAUGGGAAGACGGUGAAAGCUCUACAGAUGUAUUUUACAAUAAAGCUGAUUGCUACAAUAACCCAAAUGGGGCUUUUUACACCAUGAACUGUGACAGUGAGGAAGGACUCAGGUGUAAACUCAGAGCAAAUUAUAAUAACUAUACCCAGGUUAGCUGUGAUGCUAAAAGUGAAGGGGUUUACAAUAGGGAAGCUAAUUUUAGCCACUUUACGGUGUGCCACAAUAGGAGUGCUGCAGGAAGCUUGAGCGACAGCACCGUCGGUUAUUGUCGGACAGAUUCAAGAGUGAGCGAAAACUAUUCAGGAAGAGAAGAAGACUAUGGAUCCAGCUGUGGGUCGGGUGAGGAUCAGCUUCAGCAAGCAGAGGUGGAGGCUCCCUGGCUCGGUAUGUCUCCCUCGAGUCAGACUGGAGAAGGGAGGUGGAGAGGAGAAGCAGACGCCAUUGCUUUGACCGCGGGGGUCCUGCCCCUGAGGUCACCUAUCACCAUCAGCAGCGGGACGUACACUCAGAAACUGGACUCCUUCUCUGAGGCGUUCCUCUCCCAGCGAAAGAGACGGUUUCCCGUGAUUCAAAGUGGGGAUUCCUCUGGACAGUUGUGGGAGUUCGGAGAAACGCCUGGAUUUGUCAACUCGAGUCACAGCUGUGCUUUUGAUUCAGACCCCUACCUGCCGUCUGUCUCCUUCUCUUCCCCAGUUCACCACUCUCUUCCAUCCUUCCCCUCUCCUCCCACAUCGUCUCACCUCGUGUCUUCAGUUCUCAGUCCUCCUCCCACACCUCUACCCCCUCCUUCUCACUCGCCCUCCAAAAUGGACUCUCCCAGCGCGUCUGGAGGAAGUGGCCAAGAAUCACUUGGCCCGCUCCAGUUUUUCACAUCCCGCCUUCAGCCUCUCCCAUCUGUCCAUUGCUCCGGGAUGAUGUGGAAGUUUCCUCUGCUGUCGCACAGCUUUCCACAGUCGUCAGGGGACCCCAGCAGCAGUGACAACAACUUAAGAUCGUCCCAUGUUUCUCAUUAUGGAAAUAUUACUGCUGCACAUGACACCCUCCAGUCUCCUGAGUCGCCAUUCCUCACUUCCUCAUUCCAUCAUUCGUCCCUCCACCCUUCACCCAGAGACCUCUGUCCCUUGAACACUCCAUCCCUCCAUCUUCCCUCUCCUCCAUCUCACCUCUCCGGCCCAAAUAACGUGGCAGCAGAAGACACAGCUCCUUACUUGGUGAGCCAGAAAGUAAAGAAUGGACCAGCCGCUCUGCAGCAACAAGCCUCUCCUGUCUACACUGGAACGCCAUUUCCCAGUGUCCUUCACCCUAGCAGGGGCCAGAAGAGGGGCCACUACACUCCACGACCCCUGCUCAAUCCAAUCCGCAGAGGGACGGGUCUGUACUCCUCCCUCUUACCGCUCCAUCACAAAGAGGAUAAACCGGCAUUCAGAGAAGAGGAAGAGGAUUGUGGUGUGUUACAGAGUGUGAAUGUAGGUUUCGAGUUCCAGGCAGAGCUUCCACCAUGCUGCGUUAAGGGCAAUGGGUCAGGGACUUGGUCCCCAGAUGACGAAGCUCCCAGGGAACAGUUGCUCUGGAAACCAUUGCAGGAGCUGGAGGAGAGUGCCAACUUACAAAAUCAAGUGGACAAGCUGCUGUCAUUGUGUAGUUCGAGCUGUCUACCAGGAGGGGGCAGUAACACCGAGCUGGCUCUGCACUGUCUGCACCACUGCCAGGGGAACACAAUGGCCACUCUUGAGAUGCUGCUGUUCUGGCAGCCCUCUUCAGCAGGAGACUACCACUACUCUGGCAGUAAUUUUUGGACAGACGCUGAAAAGAGUCUCUUCGGUGCAGCUCUGGGGACUUACGGAAAAGACUUCUCACUCAUACACAAAACGGUAAAGACCAAGACGGUGAGCCAGUGUAUUGAGUUUUACUACCUGAGCAAGAAACUUGUGGACAAGCAGAGGAAACAGCAGGAGGAAGACAACAGAGAUGAAGAGUUGCAGCAGCAGAAAAGUAUGACGCCCAUCUGUCAGCCAGCGGAGAGACGGUUUGGGCAGGCGGAGGCGGUUCCCGCACCCUCAUUGGCCAGCUUCUUCCCCUGCAAGCUGUGUGGCAAAAUGUUCUACAAAAUCAAGUCCCGUAACGCUCACAUGAAGAUCCACCGCCAGCCUCAGGAGGACUGGGGCGACAGGCGGCUGCAGCACCAGAUCCUGACGCAACGUCUGGCCCUCAGCCGUUCAGCCAACCCCAUGCCCACCUCAGGCAGUAAUCUGCUCCCACCUCAUGCUCCAGCUCGGACCUUUACCUCCUCUGGAGCAUCACGCACCAGCAGCAAUGCAGACAAUAUCCUCAACUCUAUAACCAGCAGCAACACCAGCACUCCCAGCGAUGCCCGAGAUCCCAGCACUGCAGUGACAUAUAACAACAUCACUGCGUCUAACUCUCAUGUGAUCACCAGUGUUGACGCUGGGGACUCAAAUCAGAGAGAGCCCACCUCUGUCUUACCUUUCCACCAGUCAUGGAGCUCAUAUGGACAUGGCCCCACUCAGGCUGUCUUCUUCUGCAACACAGAUGGGAAAGAGGAGGCUGCAGAUGGGACAGUGGGAGGAAAAGAGGCCAUUGACUGGCAAUAGCUUUUAACUCUCCCAAAAGCAUUACCACUGCUGAAGUCAAACUGGAAUUUAAACUUUAAGUUUAUGUAGCUUUUUCCCCUGCAACGCUUUGCAUUUGUUUUACCUUUAAAUAGCAGCUUUAAAAUUAGUUUGAUGGGUCACUGACUGUAGAUCAGUUAAAUAGACAGCGACGUCAUUUAAAACCUGCGCUAACCUCCAAUUUUCUGAGCAGAGUUUGGUGUGUUUGUUUCAUCAGCAGCUCUUCUGCUUCAGAAAGCUAGGGUUCAUGGGUAAUACCCACCGUUCAGUUGUGUUUAAGGGACUACGCAGUCAGAGCUCUGGUCAAGAGAUUACGAGGCUUAACGAGCCCAACAGAGUGAAUCACCACAUGUGGGUGCAGGGGGCGCUGUAGCUCAGUUAAAGAAAGAGAUUUUUUUGUAAAUUGUGCUUUUGAAUAAAAUUUGUCACCUUGAGAUUGUUUUUGAGUUCAGUCAAACACAACUUUUACACAGAUCAAACAAAUGAGAUAUAAUAUGUUUAUUGAUCCAGGAUAGCUGUUUCCCUGUUUCCAGGCUUUGUGCUUAGCUAAGCUAACUGGCUAUAUAUAUAUAUAUAUAUUCAUAUUUAAUGCACAGACAUGUCAAACUUUUUAUCUAACUUUACUCAAUAAAUCAAUAAUAGAACCAUUCAAAAUGUCAAACUAUUACUUUAGUUCUCACAAAGUCCUUUAAAGAAGUCAGGUUGAGCUGAAUGGUCCAUCAAGGUCUAAAAUGCAAAUACACAAAGAGAUAGAAAGAGAAGCACACACACGCACACACACACACACACUAAGACACGGCGUGUUGAAAGGUUUUGAUAUAACACCAUAAUGGGCUAAUAUUGACCUUGGUAGGUCAUCUCCUCUCUUAUAGUUGUCUGAGUGGCCGGCAUUGCCCUGUUGAUGGUUAACCACAGCUCCAGUUUGUGUGUGUGUGUCCUGGAAGAUGCCAGGAAAGGGGCACAGGGAGGUUUGCACAGGAUCUCUGUGUGGAGUAGGUCAGCUAAAUCCAGACCGAGGUUGAGCUAAAAUGAAACAGGUAAACAUAAAAGUCACGUAAGGGUCUCUGUGAUGAAACCAACAAACUAAAUGUUCCCUUUAUCUGGUGUUUCUGAUGCAGAUAUAAGCUGUAUAUCAUACUUGUCCUUUAUUCUCUGUCAUCAUUGUCACUUAUCAAUCUAGUGGUUCAAUAGCAUUUCUCAAGGCGGUGAGUGUUCUUUGUUCUCGUAUCUUCACGACUGUUACUUCCACUAAAAUGAUAACAGUGUUUGAGUGUGUGUGUAUAGUUUGUAUGUUAAAAAUGACAAUCUGAGUAUGACUGUCCUCGACAAGUACAUGGAUUUGUUUAUGAUUGUGUGUUUUUAUGUGUCUGUCGUGUGUAGCAUGUGACCAUCAUGUGUUUUUUCCUGUAGAUGUCCCUGAUAAAUGUAACAAUGGUCCCCUAUCAGAGAACUCCCUCCCCCCUACUAAAAGUCCAACAUGUCUGGCACAGUUUGUCUGCCCUCCUUUCUCCCUCUGAUGUCGGCUUUUCUCAGAUCUUUUCUAACACAGCACCGCCCACCUCUGUAAUAAAGACAGUGAGCUGUUGCUAGUUAAUAAACGAGGUCUACCAGUGUCA